AUGGGAAUGAUAUUGUCGAAAUUUCGUUCAAUUACUAGAGUUUCACCGUCUCCAAAUCUUACACCAGUUGGAUAUAGUAAAUUACAAGGUACAUCUCCAGCACUUCCUUCUGGGGAUCUGAGAAGACGUAUAGUACCAAGGCCGCCAGUAAAUGUCAUGAGGCAAAGUGCUACACCAAUUAAUACUAGCGUUGUGGCUGCAGGUACCCCCAGCCUCCAACAUAGUCCUUUCCAAGGUGUUGUCAGACCAAUGAACUCUCCUUUUAUGGGUCAAAGACCUCUACCACGUCCGAUAUUACCGCAGCAAAGAAGUUAUUUGGAUCGAUUAAUUGACGUUUUGGUCGGAGAUGGUCCAUCAAAUCGAUAUGCUCUAAUUUGUCGACAUUGUGAAUCUCACAAUGGAAUGGCUCUGAAGGAGGAGUUUGAGUAUUUUGGAUUCAGAUGUUGUUAUUGCAACUUUUGGAAUCCUGCAAGGAAACAGAAACCUUUUACUCCAAAAAUAGAUGUUUCUUACAAUAGUCAAUCUAUGACUAUUUCUGAGCAUGAAUCAUCUCCAAGUGAAGAACAUUUGGAGGAAGAUAGUCAAGAGAAGACAGCAACGCCGUCAGAUUCAGAUUCAGAUAUUGAAGUCGUUGAGCGACCAACAGGAUCAUCCGAGGAAACUGGAUGUGUGAAUGAAGAACCAGUCAUGGUUCCACAAGUUGAAGAAACACAUGUUGAGAAUGUCGAAGAGCCAGAUAAAGAAUCUGAAAAAGAAUCUAAAGAAUCAGCUGAAGAAUCUGAAAAAAAAGAGAUACACGAAUGCGAGGAAAGUGUUGAAAAAAUGGAUAUCGAUGAAUCCUUCUCUUAACAAAAAUCUAUUUUGAAGCUUUUUGUUACGAUGUGUAAUGCAAUUGAUAAUGGUAGUAUAUAGGGUUAUGGAAGUAUAGGAGGAACGUAAGUACUAUAUUACUCGAAAAAUCUGGAAUUUCAAGAAAUAUUGAUAUUUCACUAAUAGAUAGUAAUAUAGUAUUUACAGAAACUAUUGUAUUCUCAUACGUGAAUGAAGAAUCAUUCCAAAUUGUUCGUGUCUAAUUCUUGUUAAGAUUUUACAUCACUACAACCACAAAAAAAAAUAAUCACAAGUACUUAGAAUAUUGUGUACUAAUAUAUAUGCUGUACAAUCUCGUCUCUAAGUAUUUGUGAUUUUUUAUGCAACAAUAUGUAUAUAUAUUAAAUAAUCACAAGUACUUACCAUUAGACAGGAUAUUGUGCAUAGAAAUUGAAUUCCCUUAGGAGUAUGUGCUUUGUUGAGAUCUGUUAUAUAGGAAAUUAUGAAGUUUCAUUAACAUGUAUUAAAAACUUAUUUCUUUCAAGAAUUUUAAAUUAAUUAUCAAGCCGUAGAUAAUAAUAUAUCUCAUCACGCUUAUCACGUCAGUAGUGAACGUUAGUAUUUAACUGUCAUAACUUUUCCUUUUGAAAGUAAUUUAGUUUCUUUAUGCUUUAACAUUUUGUGUACCAAAUUAUGUCUAUUCUCGUAUUAAGUACAUGUUAUUUUGUGGACUUUAUAACUGAUUCAUGCUCGACCAUGAUAUUGGUACAUUAAGUACCUCUUUAUUAUUCUGUAUUGCAGAAAAUGUGGAUCCUUUUACAUCCAUAAUUUAUAUUAAGAAAUAGAGGUACAUAACAAGAAAGUAUUUAUUUUUUUCCAUUAAUCUAUUUCCUAACAAAAUUUUCUUAACUUAUUAAGUAUUAUAAUAACAAUGUGUUUUCUGUGUCCUACUAAUAUUUGCUAUUUGGAAAAUAGUGCAAAGUAAAAAACAUGUCUUUUAAAAUGUUUUUUAUUGUGAUGGUUAACAGAAUUCUUAUACUUCUAGGCGUGUUUAAUAAGGACAAUGUCUAAUAUAAAAUGUAAUGUAAUUUAAAAGUUGUCUUUAUACAAAACUGUUUGAAUGGUUGUUAAAAAAAAUAUACUUUUCAAUAAAAGCGUAUAUCGAAA